AUUCCCACCGUGGCCCUGUGUGUGCGGAGCUUGCAUGGUUCGAUUCCCACCGUGGCCCUGUGUGUGCGGAGCUUGCAUGUUCUCCCCAUGCUGCGGGGGUUUCCUCCGGGUACUCCGGUUUCCUCCUCCAGUCCAAAGUGUCCAUAGUGUACGAAUGGGUUGUGUGAAUGUGUAUGUGCGUGUGCGAUGGAUUAGUAUCCUGUCCGGGGUGUACGUGUACCCCACCUUGUGCCUGAUGCUCCCUGGGAUAGGCUCCAGGUUCCCCGUGACCCUGAAAAGGAUUAAUCAGUAUAGAAGAUGGAUGGAUGGAUAAGUUAAUAAGUAGGCCGUACCUUUCAUUAACACUUUAGGGUACACCAUUUGUACUUUUCGUGGUUCUCUUUUAUAUAGCUAGUAGUGUGAAUGUUUAAAUGUUUAACUGGACCUUAAGGAACAUUAGAGUAAUAUUUUAAAGGUAGACUAUAUGUACCUUUUCAGGUAAAAGAUGGAGAAAUAUGCUUGAGGGUACCACUUCAGUGACAAGGAAAGGUACAGUUUAGUACCCAUGUUUUCCUGACACUGUAGUGUGAUGGUACUAUAUAUGCUGUGAAACGAAUUUAAUGGGAACCCGAUAUUAAUCACAAAGCCUAACGCGUGCCCUAUCUGCACGCGUUAAUCAGGUUUAAUGGGCUAAAUAAAUGCGCUUAAAACGAGCCAAUGGCACGCACACACUUCCUUCAGUAACUUUUUUUUUUUCUUGUCUGGGCGGUGACCGUGACUGCCUCCAACUUUGCUCCGGGAUGCUCUUCAAACGCUGAGAACUUUGACUCUGAGCGGAGUGGAGGAGAACCUGGCACACGCGGAAGCACAGAGGUUUAUUACGAAUAUUUUUUAUUCAAUUAUUAUUAUUAUUUUUGUGACGCGCUUGUUUAUUCCGAGGCCGACGCAUGAGGCAAGGUAUGAGCACGGAGCUCCGCGAAGACGCCGCGUGCUCGGCUCAGCGCGCGUCGAGUCUGCCGUUCAGCGUGGACGCGCUCAUGUCUCGCGCAGGCUCCAGAGCUCCAGCGGAAACGCCUCGCUACAGCACCGCGCGCGCGACGCUCCUCUACGGCCCGCCUGCGCCAGAGGACUGCGUCCCGUCAUCGCCCGUCAAGUCGGAAGCGUCGGAUCGAGACGACGCGACCUGGCCAAAGUCCGCGUGCUCACCGCAGCCACGACACUUGGGUCCGAGCACAUGUUCUCUCAGAAAGCACAAGACGAAUCGUAAGCCUCGCACUCCAUUCACGACAGCUCAGCUCCUGGCGCUUGAGCGCAAGUUCCGUCAGAAGCAGUACCUCUCCAUCGCUGAGCGUGCCGAGUUCUCCAGCUCUCUCUGCCUGACUGAAACACAGGUAAAGAUCUGGUUCCAGAACAGACGGGCCAAAGCCAAGCGACUGCAGGAGGCCGAGAUGGAGAAGCUCAAAAUGGCGGCCAAGCCAUCGGCGCACUCGGGCCUCUCUUUCCCAUUUCCUCUCAGCAGUCAGCCACAGGGAGCAACAGCACUCCUCUAUGGACAAUCAGGACACUAUCCUUUCCGCAGGUACAUGCUCCCUAUGCCUCCACUUGGGAUUUACUCCACGCCUUUGGCCUAUAGUAUGUAUCAUUUGUCCUGAGAGGCAAUAUGGAUUUUCUUCAUCCGAACUGAAGACUGUUUGUUGGUGCCUAAACAUCUUUGCCCAGUGGGCUGAUAUGUAAUCUAAAAAGGGUGUCAAGUGGCCAAAGCAACAAAAAAAGGUUCAAAGGCUAUGUGUCAUUUUUUUUUCUUUUUUUAAAUUUUUUUUUUUUUUUGUAAUAGUAGCUUUACAAAAGUUUUGAAACAUAUGCCAUGUUCCACACAAAAACAAAGCAAAAUCAUUACAGGCCACAGUUUUGGGAGCCUGUGUCUAAAUGCACCUUAUUAUAAAGACUAUGCAGGUUCAGAUGCUGGAUAUACUGAACUACUUAAUUGAACUGGGUAGGUUGAAUACUAAAAGCUUAACAAUGUCAUUUGUAAGUUUUUGUUCUUCACUUCCAUUCUUUACUAAAUGUUUUGGGGUCAAUUGAAAAAGUGUCAAAGAAACCUGGACGCUUCAUUUCAGACAUACUGAACUGUUGUGUAGGAAAUCAGUAUUUUAAAUUUUUUUUAGAGGACAAUUUUCAAAUCAAAACAAUCAUC